ACCAAUUCAUUUUUGUUUUUGUCAUCAUUUUUACCAUUUGCCUUUACUUCCACCUUGACUGGCUCGGCUUUUGUUUCGCUCAUUUUGGACCUUUAUUGGCAGAUUCGUAUGAAUAGCACAACUUUUUUGCAAAUUCGUUGUAUUGGGCGUAUAAACUAAUAAAACGACCGCUUACAACUGACCAAAAAUAUAAAGUAACCUCACUAUCUUACAACUUUUUGUUAAAAAUCUCAUGAAAGCAUAAAUUGCUCCGUCAUGUUUGGAAUCGGCACAUUUGUCAAAUGUCAAUGUUGUCAACUGUUCGUUUUCCCAGUACUGGAACAAAACCUCCACUAAGUUAGCAAGGGGUCAGAUUCGGUAUUCGGUGAAAGAUGAGAGCAAUGCCUAGAACGGUUUUCAUGAACGCGAAUAUAUCGAAAAUCCCCGAAGAUACCCUAAAAAAACCGAUGUGCGGUAGCGAAAUAUCAAUGGUGGUGUAUAUGUGUAUCAAUGUAAAAAUAAAUAAAUCCAUUUCAUUUGAUAUUUGAUUCUUUGAGACUAAACUGAAAAGGGUGGUUUUUAAAUAUGUCCAAUCUCGACCAAACGUAAAAUCAAGAAGAUUUGGAAAAUUAUAAUGAUACUGAAUCAAUAUCCUUUUGGACAAUUUUUGUUACUGUUUUUGAUGGAUGUAAGGAGGGAAGUAUUCCUCCAAGGAUAGUAAUAUGGUAACUAUGAAUUCUGAAAAGGCUGCCACAAAGCGCAAGCCAGAGCCUAAUAAUGGGGGCUGCACUAAAAUAAAUCAUGAGGAGCAGGUUACUGUUCAUCCUGCACCAACUGCUGAAGACUCUGCUAAUCAUCUUUUAUAUAAAAAGAUGGAAAAGAUCGUUGAAAAGAUGCAGGAUGAAACAACUGGUGUACCGGUACGCACUGUAAAAAGCUUUAUGUCAAAAAUUCCAUCGGUAUUUACGGGUUCGGAUCUCAUAAUGUGGAUGAUGAAAAACUUAGAUGUAGAAGAUCAACAAGAAGCAUUACAUUUAGCUCAUUUAAUGGCGUCGCACGGAUAUUUUUUUCCUAUUGACGACCAUAUGCUCACUGUUAAAAACGAUAAUACUUUUUAUAGAUUUCAAACUCCUUACUUUUGGCCGUCAAAUUGCUGGGAACCAGAAAACACAGAUUACGCGGUUUAUUUAUGCAAGAGAACGAUGCAAAACAAAACAAGAUUGGAAUUAGCUGAUUACGAAGCGGAAAAUCUAGCUAGACUUCAAAAAAUGUUUUCGCGAAAAUGGGAAUUUAUUUUUAUGCAGGCGGAAGCGCAAAGUAAAGUUGAUAAAAAGAGAGACAAACUCGAACGGAAGGUAUUAGACAGCCAAGAGAGGGCGUUUUGGGAUGUUCACAGACCUAUGCCAGGAUGUGUUAACACAACUGAGAUCGAUAUAAAAAAAGCGUGCCAGAUGCACAAGCCAAUUCACGGUGUCAAAUUGGUAAAUAUAGCACCUCAAUUAUCACCGAGCACAUCUGGAUUAGCUCCAAAGAACAAUGUGGAACAGUUUAAGAAGCAGAUUGCUCUACUCAAAUCCAGACUUGAUAGAAGAAACAUUAAGAUCUCAAAAGCAGCCGAGUCGUUCGUUGCAUAUUAUGAGCAAUAUUUAGAGUAUGACAGCUUUUUCAUUGCUCCAGAGUAUCCAAACCCUUGGAUUUCAGACAGUCCUGACUUUUGGGAACAAGAAAAAAUAGCUAAAGACAUAUCAGCACGUAGAGUUAAGCGUUGGGCUUUUAGUUUACAAGAGCUUUUACAGGAUCCUAUUGGACGAGAACACUUCAUAAGAUUUUUGGAUAAAGAAUUUAGUGGUGAAAAUUUAAGGUUUUGGGAGGCCGUGCAAGAGUUGAAGGCGCUUCCACAGAGUCAAGUGCAAGAAAAAGCGAUGGAAAUAUGGGCGGAAUUUUUGGCGCCUGAUGCUAGCUGUCCUAUCAAUGUCGAUUCGCGCUCAAACGAGUUGACAAAAAAAAAUAUGGAAGUACCUGAUAGGUGGGGGUUUGACUGUGCAGCAAGUCACGUGUAUCACUUAAUGAAAAGCGAUAGUUACUCAAGAUAUUUAAGGUCAGAAAUGUAUAAGGAAUUUUUGAAUGGAUCGAAGAAAAAGACUUCUGUGAAGGGAAUACGAUCAAUAGUUUCAUUUUCAGCACGAAAAGACAAUGUCAUUUAAUUGAAAUGCAAAGUAGGUAACUGGGAUUGAAAAAAAGUAAAAUUUAUCUAGGUACUUGAUAAAUUUAAAAUAUAUCGACAAUACUUAAAAGCCCUUGGCAGACAAUUUGACAAUUCGAUUCUUUUAAUUAAAAGAAUUCAAAAGAACUUGUUUAUUUCAGUUGAAAGAUUGUUAAUAAUAUUUACCAAAACAAAGGAGAUAGAUUAUACAAAAAUAACGAGUUGAAAAAAGAUAUUGAGCAGAUAUUUGAAUGUGGUUAUAGUGACCCAGUAUUCAUAAGAAAUUAUUUUAAGUUACUAAGUUGUGUACAUGCUGAUAUUAAUUAUAUUUGUAAAUAGUGGUAUGUUGUUACAUGACACAAGUUUUUUAGUAAUUAGAGCUGUUUUGUUACCUCUGUUGAAGAUAAAAUACCAUUGUGAUAAAGUGCACAAAACGAAAAAUGGAUAAACCUAUAUAUUUAUAAAACUGAAAUGGUAGAAAACGUCACACUAGUGUACCUGUUUAUGUAUGUCUGUAUGAAUGUUAGCAAAUGCGUCAUCCUAUCGAUACUGCGUCACUGUUUCCCCAUUUGUUUAAAGUGUUGUGAAUAAUUUUAAGGCUUUGCAGUGUAGGUUGUUUUCAGUUUUGUAACAUAAGACACUGCCAUUUUAAAAUCCAGUGAUGACUGUUCAAAAACAAAUGCUAGACACUGUAUGGGUACUUUACCCUAGAACUAUUUCAUUGUAAUAACUGACCAAUAGGCAAUCGGACUUAAAAUCUCCAUUGAGCCUUAAUAUUUCUUGUUUCGAAUCCCACGUUAAAAGGCAAUGUUCAUCGUGGUUAAAGAGACAAUUGAAGCCAGAAUAACGCACUUUAUAGGGAACAAACUCCUACAGGAGAUUUAUUCUGUUUGGAGUUUGUUUCCUUGUAUUAUUUGUGACUUAUGGGACCCUAUAGAUUUUAUAAAGUUAUUUUGAAUACGUAUUUUGCUUGGAAAAAUGAUUUUUAGCAUUAGUACUUAUAGGAUAAAUAAAUAGAUAAAAUCAAAAUAUGAGAGGCAUGCCAAAGAAGGCAGUAGAGCACCUAUAUAAGUUUGAUUUAAAAAACCUGUGCCAUAUUUUUAUGCUAUUUUUAUACCCUAUUCAAAAAGCCAGUAGAGUACCUCUUUUUUUUUAAUUUAUUUUUUCUAAAAACAACCACAUAUUUUUAGACUUGCAAUAUUAUUAUUAUUAUUAUUAUUAUUAUUUUUUCUUCUAAAAUUAACUAUGGAAUGAUCAAACUAAUAAUGGCCGUGUUCACCGUCGUCAAACGUGUUGUAAUGCAGUGGGAUUAUCAUCUUUCGAUGCAUCUCGUAUUGAAAUUGUGGACGGCCGACCAAUAUAUCUAUGAUAAUGCACGUGCUCGAAAGCGCCUAGGCCUAUGCAGCAUCAGCAUCAUAGUUCCGUGAAAAUAAAAAUCCAAAUAAAAGGGUCAGCCUAAAGUUGUUUACGUAAUUGUUUUGGUGUAUGAAUUUUCAAAUUUUUUUUUUUUUUUGACUAUCCUAUGGAUAUCUCAAGGAAUAAUAUCUUUUAUUUACUCUAUUUAAAAGUCAAAAAUAAAAAAAUAUACUUUGCUCCCAACACUCCAAAAAAAUUUUUCUGUGCGGGCCAGGGGCGGCUUUGUCUGCGGCACUAUCCACCACAAUUUUACCUACCUCUAUCUUCGUUUGACAGACUGCUAUUCUUAUGUAAUGUCUUUCUCUAUAUUCGAUAUGUAACAUGUCGAGUUCGCACAUAAGAAUGUAAUGUCUCUCUAUUCAAUACGUAACGUGUCGAGUUUGCACAUAAGAAUCCCUGUCUUGAUGUGUAAUCGGUGACGAUAAACUGCUAACUUCAUUGCGUUUCAUAAUCAUAAAGGUAAUCUUGAACUUCUGUCAACUCUGUUUUUAGCAUUUUGUCCCGAUUUUGAUUAAAAGAAAUGGAUAUUCGUUAUGAAAACAUGAAGUACAUGGUAGUAAUUGUAAAUUAUUUUACUAUUAUUAAAGGAAAUCACAUCAAGUUUAAAUAUGAGAUUAAGAAAACAAAACGAUCGUUCAGCAUCAGCUCAACCGUUUAUGAUACGUGUUCUAUCAGUCUUAAAACACGUGGUACGACGGUGAACACGGCCAAUCUGACAACUGUUAUUAGGCAGCCCGUUGUACAGCUACGUAUAUAGCAUAUGCAUAUCCUGACAAAAUAGGAUUAAAACUGAAAUAUUUCCUUAAAUUUAGGAAAAUCGGGAGAAAAAUGAAGUAAACAUUACUUAGAGGCUUGUCUUUUGUAUUUCAAAUCAUUUAAGUUUCGUUUUUAUUGUGGCAAUUUUGCGUGAUUAAGGUACUCGACUGUCAUGACUUUAAGAUAACCACAUACAUAAAUAAUAACUAAAGGGGCAUAAAAAGAGUCACCUCUCCUUAUCUAUAUUAGAUUCUAGGUACCAACUUUUUAAAUAUUAUUAUUUACUCGUUAUGCAAUAUAUCUUGUUCAUUUUUUUUAAUAAGCGAAAUACCUAUGCUUGUUUUUUGUUGAAUAUUUAUUGUUAUUGGGUUAAAAGUCUAUUAAAGGGAGUAAUAAUCAAAAUCUCGGAUUAAAAACAGGGUGAUACAUAUAAGUACCUAAACAUUUAAUAGACUGCAGAACAAAGGGCAAAAUUUGUCUUGCUUAUUUCUAUUUACAAGACUGUGGCAUUAUGUAAAAAACAUAUAUGUGUUACUAAAUAAAUUAUUAGCAUUGUUUUUUUCUAUUACAAAAGGAUAGGUAUAGUUAUUGGACGUGGGAUUUCCUUUAUAAUAAUUAUUUUAGUCCAAUUGCCUUUUUGGUUUCGGUUUUUUAUUCUGACACUGACAUUCUCAGAACGAUUAUUUAUUUUAUAUUAAACUAGGUAAUUGAUAAUUUUAAUUUAUUUUGAAAGAUGAAUACAUAAUUAAGUUUUGUCCUGUGGACAUGAUAAAUAUAGGUUAUAAAAAGGAUGAAUAUUGUCAGUAACAGAAAUGUAUGUAAGAAUUCUAAAACAAAAUUGUACAAAGAUCAAAUACAAUGAUCAGGGCCGUCUAACAUAGGAAAAUGUCCAAAGAAAAAAUUAAGUAAUGAUUUAUUCAGUCUUUUGAAGAAUAGUACUUGCUUUUUGCUAAACUUUCAAAGUAGAUAUAAGAAAUAUUUUUAUAAAAUCUUUAAGCGUAUUAUAGCAACACAUUUAUCAGCACCCCAGAAACUAAGAUCUUGUUAAAAAGGCGGCACUGAACAUUCAGUUUUUUCUCAUUUUGUAAAACGGGCAACUGCAGUGUGGCAGAAGAUUUAGCUUGUAGGUUAUUCAUAUUAUAGUAGUUACUCAUUCCGAAUAGCCUUUGUCAUUUGUAUUAUAAAUUAAAAAAAUAAAUAAAUUUCCCAAAUCUGCUUCAUUUUUAAUAGGUAAUGUAAGUAUUUUUCAUAUCUCUUUGUUAGAAAACGAUUUAACACAAACGACAAAGGCAAAUUCUGUAAAAAUUGGUUAAAAAAAAACGGUAUUUCUUUAAGUUAUCAUGUGAAUCGUGUACCCUUCAGCUACUCAUUACAGUAUUUUAUAAAAACGAAACUACUCAAAAGGAACUACAUCAAAAUGAAAAUAUUAUAUACAUACUAUACAGAUAGCAGAUUUAGAAAAACUAUAUUGUUAAACUGUAAAGGAAUUGAAAUCAUAAGGUUCAAUCAGAAUUGUCCAUAGCUAGAAUGAUUAUACGUCAAAAUAACAAUAUAUUGCA